AUGGCUAGAUGGUACCCAGGGUGCACUCCAGCCGAAGCCCAGGCCAAGGCGGACAAACUCCUGGCUGAUGUGGGCCAAACCGUCCAAGAAUACAUGGACGCACCGCCUUGGGAUUCGUCCCACGAUGCCGCGCAUAUCAGGCGAGUUUUGCAGCUCUGCGAAGAGCUCCUUGCCUCCGAGCAACAGCGUGACCCGACACUUCAGUACGAUGUCUUGCUCGUCAAGCUCCUGGCUGUACUUCACGACAUCGAAGAUGGCAAGUUUGUCGACCGGCGGCGCGAAGAACGAAAGCGAAUCGAGUCCGUUCUGGAAAAGCACGGUACACCCAGGGAGCUGAUCGACACGAUCAAGCGACUGAUUGUGUUCAUCUCAUGCUCAUACGAGGACAAACAUAGAGAGGAGACGAAGCGAAUUGUGAUGGAGUAUCCGGAAGUCGCCAUUGUGGCAGACGCCGACCGGCUGGACGGUAUCGGCGCGGUCGGAUUGGGAAGGUGCUUCGUUUUCAAUGCCGUCAAAGGGUCCCGGCUCCACGAGAUGGGCGAGGUUGUUCCCAGGGUGUUGUUGCAUCGGCAUACAAUGAUCAAGACGGCGGAGGGUAUCAGGAGGGCCGAAACCCGGCAAGAAAGGAUGGUGAAGUUCGUCGCGUGGUGGAAGGAAGAAUAUCACGAUCCGAGAAUGGCGAAUUGGAAGAAUCUGGAAUAG